AUGGAGAGUGAAGUGGAGCUGAGCGGGGACAGAGCUGAGAUGCAGCUGACUGGUCUGGGACUGACUGAUGUUGGAGGCCAAAGACUGAGGUACGGGGGUCCGGGCCUCACCAGCCCACAGGAGUACAACCAGUGGCUGCCAUUUCGACAUGAUGCCACUCUGCUGCCCAUGAAGGAGGACCUGGCCCUGUGGCUCAACAUUAUCAUGGAUGUGGACCUUACAGCUGAGAGCCUGAUGGACCGUCUGGACAAUGGCGUUCUCCUCUGUCAGCUGGCACAGGCGCUGCAGGACAAGAUGAUGCAGGCGAACAACAGCAAGCCCUUUGUCAGGAGAGUCAUCCACUGGAGACCUGACGCAACUUCAGGAUCAUUUUUUGCCAGAGACAACACAGCCAACUUCCUCUACUGGUGUCGCAAAAUCGGUGUUGACGAAGCAUAUCUUUUUGAGUCUGAGGAUUUGGUCCUGCAGAAGCAACCUCGGGAAGUGUGUUUGUGUUUGGUAGAGCUGGGGCGGAUUGCAGCCAGGUUUGGUGUGGAGCCUCCGGGUCUGGUGAAGCUAGAGAGGGAGAUUGAGCGAGAGGAGGCCGGUUUGUCGCCUUUGUCCCCGUCGUCUUUUUUCCCCCCUGCUUCGUUCAGUCCUCCUCCAGCUCCAUCACCUCCACCCAUCCCCCCAACCCCUGCUGUAACUCUCAUAUGUCCACCUGAACCUGAACUUGAACCUCAACCUCAACCUGAGCCUGAACCAGUCCCCAAACCUCCUGAAACGACAUCCAGUGCGACCCAGACCCCCGUAUUCAUCCCUCUAAGCACCACGACCACGCCUGCUGCACCGCUGCCAGCUCCAUCUCUGUGUCUCAUCCCAGUGCCUGCUGCCCGAGUCUCUGCACUAAUCAUCCAGUCUGCCCCUGUAACACCCACCCCAGCCAAGGCCCCAGGAGCCCCCAACAAAUCUACUAAAAGACGAAGCACAAGCACCAAAAAUCUUUUGGAUGACAUUGUUCGAAACAUUGUGGAGGAUCCUCCUUGCGCAUGUCCCACCCGGUUUCCAGUUGAAAAGCAGCCAAAAGGUUGUUAUCGUAUUGGGGAUAAAGUUCUCUACAUCCGUAUGUUAAACGAGCGCCACGUGAUGGUGCGUGUGGGGGGAGGAUGGGAGACCUUCUUGGGGUAUCUGCAGAAGCACGACCCGUGCAGAGCGCCCAGACCUGAGCCCAGAGUCUGCCGGGUCAAAACCACAUCCCUGCAGUCGUCUCCAGACAGCUACAUGGUGGUAGGAGCCCAUUACCGAAACAAGAAGGAGGGUCAAGUAAAGGCAAUGAAGUUAUAG